GGCUUUCUGUGAUUGCAAUAUAUACCUUCUUUAUACUUGAUCAGCCUCAGUCUGUGUCUCUGACUUCAACAGCUCUGCUUCGAGGAAAAUCCAAAUCCUGCAGCCAGAAUGGCUACUGAAAAAAGACUGUCUGCAAGACGUAAGCACACUCUGAAGAGCUGCAUGUUAGUGGUUGCGAACAAUUUACUGGAGGCUGAAUCUCAGGUCAAGGCCACAGAGAGAGAGACGUUCCUGGCGGAAAAAUGCCCUCCUUUGGACGUGCCAUAUUCCAGGGAAGAGCUGAUGGAACUUUGCAAGAAGCUUCAUCAGCAGAUUAACAUUAGUGAAGAGGAGAGAUACUGCACAGAGUUUAAACUGAACAUGGUGCUUGAUGAGGUCAGGGACCUAAAUAUCAAGAUUGUGGAUCUCAGAGGAAAGUUCAAAAGACCACGACUGAAGAAGGUGCGAAUGUCCGCUGAUGCCAUGCUGAAGGCUCUUCUGGGCUCCAAGCACACAGUUAACAUGGACCUGAGGGCCAAUCUGAAGCAGGUCAAGAAGGAGGUUAAAGAGGAGGACAAGCAGCUGCGUGAUGUGGGAGACUGGCGCAAGAACAUUGAAGACAAGUCUGACAGGAAGAAGAUGUUUGACAGUUAAAUAUGAUCUAUCAGUGACUGAUAGGCUCCACAUUAUAUGAGCAGUUAAUAUCUUACUUACAGCAGAACAUUCUUAGUGACUUAAUUAGUAACUUUUUAAAACUGACUGGUUGUAGAGCUGCUGGCUAGUCAAAGCAGGGCCUCUGCUCUAUUUUAUAAAUGUUGAAAAAGGACAAAGUCCCUCAUUUGCAGACCAGUGUUAGGAUCUGGGCCCUUAUGAAGUUUUAACUGGACCCCAAUUGGUUUUCGGAUUUUCACAAAAAGUGUUUUUUAAAUCAUUAUGUUUGUUUCUUACUUUUUGGUAAUUCGUUUUAUUCCACAUCUUUUCCAAAAUUUAUGGUACUCAUGGUAAUUAUGGCAAGACGUCACUCUGGCAGAUAUUUAAGCCCUGGGAAAAAAAGGAAGUUACACACCUCAACCCUUUAGUUUUCUGAUACCAGCUUCUGGUUUGAAAAGCACACAGAGUCACUGGAUCUUGCCGGAUGGGCUUUUGUGGUGUGAAUGACUUAAGUAAGCUACAAAGGGGUUUUGUAUCUUUACUGCUGAACUAAUAUUUGGAACAGGCUUCUGUUUCAUCAUUGUGAAGACAUUUAGUGAGAUAUCAGCUGUAGAUAAAGCAUUGACAGCUCAUAAAUCCUUAACAGAACCCCACUUAAAACUCUCAGAACCAUCCUUUUUAGCACGAUUUUCAGGGCAAAAUCAAACGUACAGUAAAAGGACUUGGUGUUGAGCUAUUCUAACAUGUAUAAUACAUAUGUAGCAAAUUAUUCUGUUCUUGACUUUAAAUUAUGCAUAUGUAACAAAAUGCUUUCCCAACAAUGUACAGAAAAAUUAAAUCAAACCAUUUAUCUACAAGAAUAAAGCCCUCAAACUUCA